UAAGAACAGUAAUAGGCUGUUUUAGUCUCAACUGGGCGGAGAUUAGACUUUCUCAUCGAGUCAUUUGGACGGAGUUGUAUAUUUCUGUGUACUACUUCAGCGAAGGACAUAUCUACUGUAAGGCAGCAAACCCAUAAGAAGAGACCUCGUGAUCGGAUACAAACACUCGGAUUUUACUAGUUACUUUUCCAGUAACUAUUUUCUUUAUCCCGUUUGAGGAUGUUUUCCUUCGGCCACCCAAAAAGGAUGAGACGCACGUUUUGAAAACUGUGAAUGGCACAACGCGUCUUUAAGUCCAGUUAUUACUGUCAGAUGCUGAGUGGUCUCAAGAACUAAGAGUUCGUUGCAUUUCUUGUUUGGAUUCUGUUGUUCAUAUUGGUAAAAUAAUGCAGCAUCCACUGGAGAUUGGAGCCCAUUACUAUCCGCCAGAUGUUCAUCAGGACAACCGAUCACACCGAUACAGGAGUUUCAUGAUCGAGGAGAUUCUGACUGACCACCCAGACCCCAAGGUGUCUACCCCGGCAGGGGAGCUACUCAAGUUUGGAGUACAAGCUCUUUUAUCGGCACGGCCCUACCACAAUCAUUUAGUCUUGAAGGCCGAUCAGACAAGUAUCCUUAAGUUUCCAAUGUCACCACUGUCAUGUUCACUCGGCGCGCCUUUGGGUUCUGCUCUCCUAUCCGGGGCGUCGGGUCUGCAAGUCGGCUCCGCUUCUCAUCACCUGCCGCUGGACCUCCACCUUCGCAGUAAACUGGACCCCGGGGGAGACGGAGGGAACAAAUCAAAGAAGGGCAGGAGAAGCCGAACUGUCUUUACUGAAUUGCAGCUCAUGGGCCUGGAGAAAAGAUUUGAGAAGCAAAAGUACCUGUCAACGCCUGACAGAAUAGACCUCGCAGAAUCACUGGGCCUUAGUCAACUGCAAGUAAAAACAUGGUAUCAGAACAGAAGAAUGAAGUGGAAAAAAAUUGUCUUACAAGGUGGCGGACUGGAGUCGCCAACAAAACCUAAAGGGCGACCGAAGAAAAAUUCAAUUCCCACAAGCGAGCAGCUCUCAGAACAGGAAAGGUCACGAGACACCGACCGUCAGUCAGAUGGCUCCUCCUCAUCCCAUUCUGAUGUCAAUCAAGAGGAAUAGAUGUGGUGCACAUCCGUUUUCCCCAAUGCGAACUGACUAUUGCCUCUAGGAUGUAUCAAAGUAUUUUUGGAUGGGUAUAUCCAUGAAAGUCAGCAGUUUGGCACUAAAGACUAUUAUAGGCCUACCAUAUGUGGUAGAAUGUGUUAUACAUUAUAUCACUUUUUUUUCUUCAAAGUCAGUUCCACACAACCAAGGGUUCCUACAGCUUGGCGCGAUGAACUGGUUUUCCCCUAACCAUUUUGAAAGGAGGGGACAGAAACACUGGUCAGUAGGUCAACUCUUUCUUUCCAUUCAAGGAUGCUAUUGACUUCCAUUUAAACACGCUUUGUUCCUAGUCUCUUUCUAUGUCUUUUUGAAGAAAUGAUUGAAUAUUAUUAAAUAUGUUU